AUGGCGUUAGAGUGGGUGGUGCUAGGCUAUGCUGCCGGAGCCGAAGCAAUCAUGCUUCUCCUCCUCACGGUCCCGGGUCUCCACCCGCUUCGCAAGGGACUCCUCUCCGUGACCCGCAGCCUUCUCAAGCCUUUCCUCUCCAUCGUCCCCUUUUGUCUCUUCCUGUUAAUGGAUAUUUACUGGAAGUACGAGACCCGACCCACCUGUGAGGCCCAAUCUUGCACCCCAUCCGAGCAUCUCCGCCAUCAGAAGUCCAUCAUGAAGUCCCAGAGGAAUGCUCUCCUCAUCGCCGCUGCCCUCGUCUUCUACUGGCUGCUUUACUCCGUUACUGGUCUCAUCGUUCGGAUUGAGCAGUUAAACAACCGCGUGGAGAAGCUCAAGGCCCAGGAUUGA